AUGUCGAAUUUGUCAAAGCUUGAGUUUGUAGCACUUGACAUUUCUGGAAAGAAUUACCUAUCAUGGGGUAAUGAGGCAUCAAGCCAAGACAAAGCGAAGGCCAUGAUUUUCCUUCGUCAUCAUUUGGAUGAAGGUGUGAAGGUUGAAUAUUUGACAGUGAAAGAUCCACUUGAAUUGUGGACUGGCCUGAAGGAAAGGUAUGAUCACCUUAAGGCUACGGUAUUGCCAAGGGCUCGAUAUGAGUGGAUGCACCUACGGUUGCAAGAUUUUAAGACCCAGCAAUACAGUGAAAGGGAUUUUAAAAAGUAUUCUGAAUUGAUCUCAUGCCUUCUGGUGGCUGAGCAACAUAAUACCCUUUUGCUGAAAAAUCAUGAAGCUCGUCCUACAGGGUCAGCUCCCCUUCCUGAAGCGAAUAUGGCAGCCAAACGUGAUAAGUCUGAAAAAAACACAGAAUAA